AUGGAAGCCAAUUUAAACGAUGAACUGUUAUUACAGUUUUAUGAUGAAUCAUUACAAUACUUUAAGAAACAUAGUUUGGAGACACACCAAACUUUAGAUAAUUUAUAUGAAGAAUGUCAUGUUAACACCAAUUUUCAAGACACAGUUGGUUUGCUGGCAGAAAUAGAGUUUAUACUAUCGGAAAUACAAAAUAGAUUAGAUAAUAUUCCUACUUUUGAAAAAGAGUUCUUCAAGUUUAUUACACAUUUGGACAAUAAAGAUCAUGAAUACGAUGAUGUAGUAGAACAGGUCAAUAAGAUUACCAAAAAAAUAGUUAUAGAAUUAGAAUUGAUAAAGAAAGAAUGUCAUAAUAUGAUAUCAGUUCUUGGUUGGUUUCAUACUGUCUCUGUCGGUGUCUCCCCACCAAUAAGUAGAAACUUGAAUAAUAGUAUCAAAUCAAUCUUCGUUCGGUCGUCAUUAAAAAUUGCAAUCGUCGAUAAAAAUCUACACAAUCCCCCCACAAACAACACUACUCAACAACGCCCUACUGUAUUUUCAAGAUAUUUUUAUGUACAAGAGACAUCAACAACAACAAACCUUUUAGUUCUCCAUCUCCCAAUCACAAAGUUACCACCAACCACGACAAGUACUAGUCUAGAUUUUUUUUCCCGAUUCACAAAACAACUAGGAUUUCACAAAGCAACCCUCGCCCUCAUCGUGGUCGGGUUGGCCGACUUUUUUUUUUAG